UGAUUAAAGCAAGUAUAUUCAUCUGUAAGACACUUUUAAGUCUCUGAAGCUGUUAAUGUCACUUAAAUUUGACUUUUUCACAUGGUAUAUCUUCUUCAGACUAUCUAACAGCACUUUGGAAUCUUAUUUUGAAAACUGUAUAUUUGUUAGCACAUUUUACUUUGAUCAAUGGCAUUUCUAAACUGUAGUCCAUAGUAAGCCUCUUUUCUUUUCUUUUUUUAAAAAAACAAAAGUUUGUAAACUUGUUAUCUUUUGUAAGUCAGUGUGGAGAUUUAAAUUGGAGAGAGAAAUAAAUUCCUCAUGGAACUCUGUUUGGAGGAAACAUAGUGCAAAAACAAAAAAAACAAAAAAAAAGCAGGAAAAUCUUGAAGAUACAUGUGAAAAGAUCUUUUUUAAUUUAAAAAGAGGACUAAAAUGAAAUGGAAGGUAACAUCAAAAUGUUACCUAAUAUUAACUUUUAUUUUAAAUUAUUAACCAAUGAAACUACUAUUUCAAUUAAUCACAGAUUCCAAACAUUCUCUAACUACUACCAAUGGCUGCAGGCCCAAGCUUCCCAACUUACAAAUGGUGGGAAACUGAUGACAAGACCAAACGCCUCUACACUGAGUUACUGGCUGAGAAGCUCUCUAGUCCAAGAAAAACAGGAACAUCGACACUCAGUAGAAAGCCUUCUAAUGGAAAAGAUGCUAAAACUCGGUUAACUUCAUCUCCAAAACGAGACACCUCCAAAGUUAUUGCUAACCCUGAGGAAGGAGGUUCCAGGAAGAGUAAGCCAGAGAAAGGUGAAACAGAAGACAACCAUGGAAAGUACACUUUUGAGACUAUCACUAUUGACACAUUGGCUAAGUAUGAAUAUAUUAAGAGUCCAAGAAAGCGAGCUGCCACCACAAUACCAGUGAGCUUCUUCGAGUCAACUGAGAAGGCAGAUUGCACAGAUGUUGAUGUAACAGCUAAAGGUAGUUACAAGGAUAAUAAGGAACUUAUCGACAAGCUCUUGCCACCAAUAGAUGAAUCUAAGGAAGACACCACUGCUGCAUCAUCCAAUGGGCACUACCUUAUUUCUCAGAGGUUGAGCUCAGCGAAGAAAGACUUGCAGGGAUUGAAGACUGUGCCCGAUGAAAAAGGGACUAACAGUAAAGUAGCGCCAGUAAAGAAGGCUUCACGUGCUAAACUGGCAGAAAUUCCUGAAUAUACAUCCUCAGAAUCAAGUGAGAGUUCAGCAGAUGAAACAGUGCUCUUGGGAAUGGCAAGUAGUAUGAAGAAGUCCCAGACACUUCCCAAGCCAAAAGAAGCCCCUGAUAACAAGUGCACUCAAUUAGAUAAAACAGAUAAACCUUUGAAGAUCGAGGAGCUUACUGCAAAGUAUCAGUUUUUGUCUGAUGAAGUUGCACAGCUGGAGUUCAAAAUGUUUGAGUUCUCUGAUGACAUUAAAAAGUUGAAACAAGCCAUGGGAUUCAAGACAGAAGUCAAGAGAGAAGAUUCCAAGAAGGAGACAACAGACACCAAGGGAGACAUUAGUGGGGGGAAAACGAAUGAUUAUGGAAUUACUCGUCAAAAGAGCUUCACGUAUGCAGACAAGUUUAACAGCAAGGCAAUGUUGAUGAAACAGCAAGCUUCGCCAAGCAAGAUGUUAGCUGUUAAACCUGGUGGGUUGCUUGCAGCAAAAAUUUCGAUGGAAUGUACAGGCAAAGAGGAUGCAAUGGCAGAAUUGAAGAAGAAUGGUGCAUUAAGUGAAAUCAUCAACAAAAUAAAAGAACAGGAAUUUUCUGAAGAUGAAAUUCAAGAAAUCUUGAGAUGUGCUAAAGACAAGUAUGUUGAUAAGCCAAACUAUCUUCAGGAAAUGGGCUAUGGCCGGAAGAACGACUAAGGUUUAAUUAAUUACAGACUGAAGCACAAAUCUACAACAAGGGUUUUAACACAAGUUUAAUUAAGAAGGAUUUGUUGACAGCUAACCACAAAAACAUUUUUGAGUUUCAGCACUCAAUACAUGCAUGAUAUGACAAAAUGUGUGGCCAGAGCAGCUCAAAACAAAGUCCUUUUAUUUAAUUGCUCUGAUAUUCAUGGAAAGAAGCCAUGGAUUUGAGCAAAGAAAAGGAAAUAUUUAGAGAGAGCAAACAGAAGCAGAGAUUUGAGACAAAAUGCAUGCAAAGAGCUGAAUGACAAGUACACUGUAGAUGGAAACUGUUGGUGGAAGGCUGCUGAAAGAUAAUAGGAAUUACUGUACUGCUAGCUAAAGAGAGAUGCUGGGCAGGAAUGAGGGAAGAUCAUGUCACUAGCAGAGAGGACAGUGAAAUAUAAUGAAAUUACUACUAACAGGAAAAGAAAAUAUCAAAGAAUGGACUCGUAAGUUAAUUAAAUGCAAAACAUUUGUUUGGCAAAACAGCAAUCGGUAUUAAAAUAAAUUUAACAUGGAGACAUAUGGUCCAGUAAAGAAAAAAGAAUCUAAGAAGGAGAAUAGGUGAGCUACAGUUUUAAUUAGUAUACUAACUGAACUUAACUGCAGAUAUAUGGUAUUUAAUGAGAUAUCAUUUAAAAGAAAAAUUUCACCAUGUGUUAAAAGUAUUCUAAGCUUCUCUCUUUUUUGAUAUGAAAAUGUCACACUGUUUUUGGAGAUCAAGAGAUGAAAGUAAUGUGUUUGCAGCAUAUUGGAUUGUGGUAUAAAGACAUCCAUUCACAAGUGAAAGUGUAAGGCAAUUCUAAGCAAAAAUCUGGAUGUUUUUCCCUCUAUUUAGAAAUUAUUAGAUUUAUAAGACUAAACAACUGUCAAGACACAUUUUAUGCUAAUAAAUUAUUUAAUAAUUUAAUAAUAAUAGUAAUAUUGAAAAUAAAAUGGUGGCAAAAGACAGAAUCCUGGUGUUGAUUAUUUUGUUCAAUACCUAAGUUUCUUUCCACAUUUUUAUGUUAAAAGUUUGACCAGACAUUAGGAAUUAUUAAAACCAUUUUAAAAAAAUGCUCCAUCAAGCCAAACAUUUCUGUUUGCCAACAUACAAGGAACAUCUUCUCAAUCUGAGGCAGAUGCAGGAUUUUGGAGAAGGGUUUAGAGAUACAGACCACUGAAGGCAGGCAACUGUAGGAGGGUCUGGGACCUUUCUCCCCAGGAAAAUUUUUAAAACUGAGGUCUUCAGAAAUAGGAUUUCUGGCACUCUGAGACCAAGUCAGCAUGUUAUAAUGUCUCACUUUUUUUUAAUUUAGGGGGGUUCGACUGAACCCCCCUAAUCCACCCUAGAUCCGCCCAUGUCAAUACUUGUUUAAUAUUUUUCAGAUUCUCACAGUUAAUUAUUGACAAACUGUCUUGUUACAUGUAACUUAAUUUUCCAACCAGAAGCAUAUCACCUCGUCGAGGUGAUAUGCUUCUGUUCCAAGUUAAUGGUUAUCUUAUAUAUAAAUUUUAAAAACGCCAUACUAUACACUGGUUGUCUCUGCAGCACAAAAUACUCUAUAUCGCUACAUAUAAUAAGUUGACAGACUAUCAGUUUUCAAAUCUCCAUUACCUCAUCUUUGAUGAGUAUAUGCAAAGGCCACAGAAUUAACUGUGCUGAUACAACAUCUUGAAGUUAAAUGAACACAGCUCUGGAAAGGGCACAGCCCUCAACUAACCAAUUUUUACAUGCCUUCAAAUACAUGUACAAGUACUGUAAGUAAAGAAAUUCCAAGUCAAGGAUUGGCCAUUUUAGCUAUGGGAGACAACUAAAACCAUGCCCAGUGGUGAAAAGCAAUGCAUGUACAUGAACCAGUAUAUAGCUGACAAAAAUGGUAUCUUUUAAACACAUAAUUACAUGUCAAUGAAAACUAAUUGAUUUGAACAUGGAGCCUCAAGUUAAACCUCAAAUUCCAUAUCUGAUAUCUCUAACCCUCGUCAUUCCCAUUACUUUAAACACUAAGUACUACACGUACACUUCACAAUAAAUUGAUUCUUGAUUUAGCGUUCCCCAUCGCACAUAUACAUGUAUCAACCACCAUUAUUGUAGAAACUACUAUCACUGCGUGUACACCAUGGCAAGUGUUUUUAUUAGUAAAUAUAGACUACCAGUAGUCCCUCUUUCACUUAGUCCAUCGAGCAAGACGCAAAAGAAAACUGUGAGAAAAAAUGGCUGCGCAAGAUCCUGGGUUGGCCAUUUUUUCUUGCGGUUUUCUUUCACAACUCGCUCAAUGGACUAAGCAAAAAAGAGACUACUCAUAGUCUAUAGUAAAUAAUGUGCAAUAUAGU